UUCAUGUCGCUGUGUUACAAAAAUCCUGUUUCACUUUUGAAUUUAUGUUGUUGUCAUUGAAAAGGAAUCAUGUCUGGUAGUCUAUACUCUAAUCUAAUCGUAUCUGUCGUUGUUUUAGGGCAAUUGUUUUCUAUUUCUCGUGGCAAAUCAGAAGCUUUGAAAGAUUCGUCCGAAAUCUUCCUGAAAUAUCACACAGCUGUGGUCACAGUUAUUACGAAUACAAAUAUUACAGGGACUGGCUUUGCUAUCGAAAAUGAUCAAAACCAUUCGGUCACAAAAACGGGAAAGAAGAGCAGAUUCGUAGUUACUGCUUCUCAUGUUGUCAAAGGCGCUUACGGGGUCAACUUGUAUAUAUACCACGACGAAAAGGACUCGGAAGGCAACUGGAAGAAGGAUAUUUGCUCAGCAACUAUUUAUGGCUUGGACGUUGUAAGAGACGUUGCUCUGCUUGAGAUUGCGUGUGAUAAAUGCAAUUGCACGCGUUUAGGAGCUCUACAAACCCGCCUUUCAACUGUAAAUGGAGAAAAUAUAUUUGUAAUCGGUAAUUCUGGCAAGACGCGAACUCAUUCGUUUAUACGUGGAAGCUUGUCUUCAAAAAAUAUUGCUUUCUCUCCGGCGUCCCUGAACUAUAAACUGGACAACGAUAUCGCAGCAACGACAUUCGUUUCGAGAGUUCACGGACUAACGGGAAGUUUAAAUUUUGGCGAUGCGGGCAGUGCCGUGAUGGCAAAAUCAGGCGAUGUUAUUGGAAUGAUCUUGGGCAGAAGUGGAGACCACAAUUUUUGUGUUACGAUGGAAGAGAUCUCCAAAGCAUGCGAGCAAAUAUUAGACACAAUAAGUCCCAGCUUUGUUGCUUGCACUGCUCAUGAAUCAGCUCUUCUUGGUAGAAAGUAUUGGGGGGACAGGUCUGGCAAGAGUCUUAAGGAAAUGAAUGCCCUUGCAACUGCAAUGGAUGCUCAGUAUUUUGCGGUUGCACACAACGGUCUGGAAGCUCAUGCUUUUACAUUCGAUUUUCUGUGGUGGGAAAUAUUACCCGAAAACUAUUUUAAGGAACAUUCAUCACAGUGUCGCUGCGAAACGAAUUCCUUCACGGACAGCGAAUUUCUUGGGCGUAGAAAAAAUGGAAAGGACAUGUGUGGGUGUGCUGGAAGUGCAUGCAUAGGAUUGGAAUACUAUGAAAAGAGAUUUGGCGAGGAUAACGAUCGUCGCUGGGCUGUAUACAAACGAAUGAGUAGAAACCCAGACAAAAGUAGACACUACGUACCAAGUGAAGAAUCUCUAGCACUGAUGCAAAAUAUAGCCGGUGAAAUUGAUUACUGGAAGAAAAAAGUAGUUAAUUUGAGAAGAGAAAAUGAGCAGCUCGUAUCAUUGAUGAUAAAUAUAAAGCAAAAAGCAGAUACACUGACAACAGAACUGACAGAAAAGGACGCACUCAUAUUACGCAUAUACCAAAGGAUUGCUGUCGCCGUAUGUGUUGCUUCAAGCUUUUUUAUUUAUUUUUACAAACGCUGGAAGAAUAAGUUAAGGGAAACAUAUGCAGAGCUUGAUAGAUUGAAAGAGCGACUGUCUCAACAAGAAGAGCUUCGAAAUCCUAUAGCUGCACCUACACAGGAAUCAAAUGAACUUAACGAAGGUGACGAUGGUCAGGAUGGGCAGCUGUGCUAAUUCCAAUUCAUUGAAUUUGUCACCAUACAAAAAAAACUUACAUUGACGAAGAUAACUAUGUGACAGGAGAAUCGAACAGGAGAAUCGAACAGGACAUUCGUCCCAUUCAUUCGACACUUGUCCCACAGGACAUUCGUCAUACGUAGUUAAAAUGUUACGAAUAUUGUUUUGAUUGAUAAACCUCGCUAAAUCUUUGCAACAAAAAGCAGAACUGAUAAACAGUACCAUUUUCAUGUUUGCCGACACGCUGGCUGUAAAAAUGCCAUAUGCGCAUAUAUAAUUCGGCAUUCAAAUACGCACAGUUUGAGAUUACUUCAGAAUUGUAAGACGCGUGGCUGUGUUUAUUCAUUUUUAGCUUGCUACUCAAUAUUAAAUAUUUUAAAUUGAGCAAUUUGUUUUAAAUUGAGCACUUUAUUUUAAAUUGAGCACUUUAAUUGUUUCGCCUACGCCGAUUUGUUUCACCGAUUUGUGUCACUGCGAGACAAAUUGGGCAGCCUGAUAUACAUUAGCCUGUAGAUAUACAUACACACGCUGAUUUUGUUUCGUCAAUUUGUGUCGCAACAAACCGGUCCGCAUCGCGCUGAUUUAAGAGCAUGGGGGCGAGUAGGCAAACAACAAAAAUUCAAAAUGGCGAAACGCAAGUUGUUGUUGUGUGCAGCAUUUUUAAUGCUAGAAUUAGAAAAUGAAUUUGACGAAGUAAAAGAGAGACGUCGACACGUCUGGACAAGAGAAUUCAUGAGAAAUUGAAUGCUACGUCAUAGCAAGCACGAGAAAAGGGCUUGGAAACGAAACGUUGCAAACACAAAUCGGCAAAUGACAUGCUACACUCAACUUGCAAUCUUCUUGCAGAAUUGCAUUGCAAGUAUUUGAUCCCACAACAAAAACUUGCAAUUCUUCGACACGACACAAAUCGCCGUUGCGUGACAAUGUUACACACACCGAUUUGUUUCGCAACGCGAUUGCAAGACAAAUCAGCGAAACAAAUCGGCGCGUGUAACAGCAGCUUUAGACAUUGAUAACAAUUGGGACUUUAAAAAUGCUUUAAUAAAACUAGAAAUCAUACAUCAAGAAAUCAUUCUUCGAACAAUUUCGGAACACAAAACGGAAGCUAAAUAAGCUAUAGCUAGUUAAUGUAAAAUAGUUAGAAAUUUAAAAUUUUUAGAUUAUACUAUUUUGUAAAUAAUUACGUAAAUGAGCUGUAAAGCUGCGAGAUAAUCUGAAUAAAACUUAUUGCUAUUACUACAAUCGAGC